AUGAGUGAGAGGGGGCUCGAGGACGACAUCGAGGAAAUCACGGUGAGAAUCGGGGCCCUUGAGGUUGCCAUUCGAGGAGACCUUGCGGCUUAUCCUCUUCCAGAACUCAGUGAUUUAGUGCGCCAGCUUCGUGCAAGGUGUAUCGACGAGCCGUUUUCGGCCCCGGACAUAUCUUCUACGACGACACAAUCAGCCACUCCUUCGCCACUCGAGCUGAAGGUGAGGCGUAUCUUCGAGGAGCCGGACGACAAUGGGCAGCUGCAGCCAGACCGCCCGUUACCGACGCUGCACUUGAUCUUGAGCUCCGAUGGCGACGACGAGCAAGCUCGCUUGGCAAGAGCAGCCUUGGUGAAGAUUCGGCCCGGAGGGUUCUUAGUGAUCCUCCCCGUAGACGAGCGCAUCACCGAGGUCCUGCUCAACAUUGUCUCCGAGGAAGGCGACCCAGUGGUCUUGGACUCCGAAGCCCAAGUCGAGAUGGAGACCAUUCGUGGCCGCAGCUUGGGGACAAUGACCGUUGUGAUGGCCGAUAUUCCUUGGGAAGGGGUCGGGGCCUUCACCGCAGUUCAUCCCGCAAGAGGUGCUCUAGCUCGCGAAGUGCGAGUGCUCCCCUUCAACGUCGGUUCUACUUCCGGGAGGCCUCGUACCGCCAGUGCUUUGUCCGCGGCGGCGACUUGGAUUCGGAACAUCAUGGACGCCGAGACCGCUGCCGAGUACCUGACCGCGGAGGAGUUCGCCGGAGAGGAGGCCGUCGUCGACGAGGAGGCGCCCGAGCUGGAGCCAGUCCAGGCAAGCGUGACAGAGCAGCUGCUAACUCGGCUGCAACAGUUGGAGUCAAGAGUGGGAACGGGAGUCGCGCCUACUCCUGCCCCGGGUUUGGGGGGUCCCGGCUUGCUACGUGCCCCUCCUGCCGGGGGGUUGGAUGCCGACGGGCUUGCUCGACUUCGUUCCUUGGCAGGCCCUGCGCCCAAGCGCGUUCCCAAGGCAGCCGCUGCUCCUCCCGCGAUGCGCGCUGGAGACACCAUCCAUCGCGAGACCGAGCUCGAGGUUCUGCCGGCAGCCGAGGCAGAGGACCCAUUCGCGGAAGCUACCUCGGAGAAUCCGUUACAUCAGAUUUUAGCCGCGCAGCUCGAGCAGACAAAAUUGAUGAUGGAACGGCUUGCUCCUCAGCGGAGCUUGGACUCAGUGGCUGCCGCCCUCGGAAGCGGCUCGGCCAGCGGAAGCGGCGAGAACUCAGGCGUCCGGGGCUGCAUGGCUCGCGAUGCGUUCUUGCGUCAGGUGCAGGAUCUGGAGCGAGUCGCAGACAUUGCCCAGACGAACGCACUCAGGGAACUAGGGCUGGAUUCAGCGGAACCAAAUCUGCUGAAGCUGUUCGUCGAGCGUCGGAUGCCUCUAGCCAACCUAAAGACCCUAGGGUACAUAGCCAGCUUUGCCGCCGAGGGAUGGGAACUCGGGCACCGUCUGCAGAACAGGCAGCUCCAGGGAUUUGCAGCUCGUUUGGCCAUGCUCUGCGAGCAGGCUUCCCUCGACGGAGGGAGGCUACAGCUCGCCUGGCUGCUGGGCGGCUUUGCAGAGCCUCCUCCAGCGAUGUGGCUCAACACCCGCCGGAGCGGGGUCAAACCGUUCAGCAGUUUGGCGCACCCGUCGUGGAUUGCAGGCAAUAUCGCAUAUCUACGCGAUUUAGAUUAUUUGGAGACGAGGAUGUCCAAUCUGGGCAAGGAUGCACAGCGCCGGUCCUCGACCGAGGAGGCCGAUCCCGAAGCAGCCGAGGGUUGCCUUUACGACUGCAUCGAGAUAGGAGGUUCAGGGUCUUGGGCUCAGACUCUCGGCAGCUUCGGUCUAACCCUGCAUCCGCUUUCAUGUUCAAGCGAUGGAGCUUCGCUGCUGGCCGAUUUGUCCGGAAAAGCUGUUGCACGUGAUCUGAUCGGUCUGGCGGCUCGUCGAGUCGUACGAGAGUGGCAUGUCUCGUUGACUGGCUCCACCUACAGCCCCUUGAAGCGGCCUCGGCAGCGCACUGCCCUCAUGCCGGCUGGCGUGAGCGGCUGCGAAAAGGAAACAGCUGCUGACAACCGUUUGGCUCGGGUCGUGGUUCGGAUUUUGGCAACCGCGCUCAGCUGUGGGCAGUACGUGUCGGUGCAGCAACCUGCUGGCGGCUGCAACUGCGAACUCGCGGGCCAGCACUUCUGGGCUGCGGGAGUUCGCUUUGACGAGGUCCCGAGAUGGUUGCUGCAGCUCUUGGCCGGCGACUGGCGCUCAUUCGACUUAAUCGUCGAAGCUUCUUGCCUAAAGAAAAUCCCAGCUCGCUGGCUGAGAUUUUUGCUCCUGCUGGGUGGUGAUAUCGAGCGAAACCCUGGUCCUCGCAUCACUGCGAAGACCCCCAGAGGGCCCCUUGACCUUGAGCAAGGCUUCGUGCCCAGCACAGUGCAUAAGAUGCGCAAAGCUCUCGGAGCUCUGGAGCUCUGGCUACUCGAGGUUGCCCACCUGAGCCUGGAAGAAGCGUUAAGCACCAACGAAGGGGCUGAGCUUGCACUUAGAGGAUUUGGUCUUCACUUGUAUGCAGAGGGUCACCCAAGAUACUUGCUGGUGUAUGCGAUUACGGCCAUUCAGAACCGUUGCCCAUCUUACCGCAACCGCCUCAGCGCAGCUUGGCAGGUAGAUAAGAAGUGGCAGGACAUUGAGCCCGGAGAGUGCCGUCCGGUACUUCCCGCAGCGGCCGUCCGCGCGCUGCUGUGCGUCACAGCUCUGUGGGGCUGGUUGCGCUGGUCUGGUCUGGUGCUCGUUGGCUUCUUGGCGAUGCUGCACCCGACGGAGAUGGUGCAGCUCAUCCGCAAGGACUUGGUCUUCCCCUCCGAUGCCCUUGGACAUACUCGUGCCUUGUACGUUCAUUUACGUAAGCCUAAAACCCAAAGAUUCGCCCGACGUCAGCAUGGUAAAAUCGACGACCCAAUUGCGAUUCGCGUUUUGGAAGCCUUAUUUGGGAAGCUCGCUCCACAUGAGCGCCUCUUUGCGGGCUCGAUGCAUUCCUUUCGCAAGUUGUGGGAUGCUGGCCUUCAGUUUCUGGGCAUCCCCUGUCGGGCAAUCGUCAAGGGAGCGACCCCUGGAGUUCUUCGAGGCUCAGGAGCUACCUUCUUCUACCAGGCUACAGAAAACGUGCAGUGGCUGGCGUGGCGCGGUCGAUGGGCCCGCGUACGAACCUUGGAGUAUUAUCUGCAGGAGGUGGCUGCCCAGUUGCUCUUGACAGAAUUGGGCACACAAGCUCGCUACCGCAUAACUGCCUUUGAUGCCGCGUGUGAUGCGGUCCUUUGCUCGCUUUCCGGUGCUGCGCAGUAA